UCUCACUCGCCUCCCGCUUGCGUGGUAAGCCAGCCAGAUGUGUGUUUGUGUGUGGUGUUGGGUGGUUUGUUUGUGGCCGUCAUGACGGCUGCAUGAUGGUGGUUGCACCCCACCUUGAGACUUUUUUUUUUUUGGUGCUUGCUUGGGCUCGUCCUUUGCCUUUGCCUUUGCCUUAGCCUGAUGCCGUCUUGCCUCGUCUUGCCUUGUCUUGCCUCGUUUCGCCCAAUUUCCAACCAAUCCUCCUCCUCACUCCAACAACAACACCACGCGCCACUCAAACACUACCACACAAACACACCACGACACACACACACACACACACACACAAACACACACACCACCACCACCACACACACCACCACAACAACAACAAACAACAACACACACACACACACAACCAACCAUGGUUGUUGGCCCACACCAUGUGCAGCAGUUCGCCAAAGCCACCAUGGCAUCCCUUCAAAGGGUCAUUCCUUCCCUGACACCUGCCUUGAACACGGAGGUGUCCCUGCUCUUCAACAACUUCCACGAGCAAACCAACAACACCAACAACAACACGAACCACGUUCGCACUCAGCCGUCAUCGAUCCACUCAUCCGUGCUCGAUGCCACCCGCGCCCUGCCCUCACGCGCCACGAGCAGCGCAAGCUUGGCCGCCUUCCUCUCCUCCCCACAGGAACCACAACAACAACAACAACAACAACAACAACAGCAGCUGUCUUCGGAUAUGAUACUGCCAUCAACAGACUCGCUGGCUGGCGAGCCACGCCAUAAGCGCUCCAAGCGCACAAGCGACUCAUCUGCGUCCGCCAUGGCGCCCUCGGCGUCCAUGCAGGGCCUCGCCUCCUUCUCCGACCUCUUUACAGUCUUUGAUGCAGAGUUCGCACCCCUCCAACCACAACAGCAGCAGCAGCAGCAACAACAGCAGCAGCAGCAGCAAUAUGGUGCUCAGCCGCUGCACUCGUUUGUGGAACAGCAGCAGCAGCGAGAGCAGUCGCAAUCGCAAUCGCACUCGCAGGCCAUGCAGACAACGCCGUCAUCGUCCUCGUUGUGGUGGGGCCGUGCCAGCUUCUGCUCGCCAACCAACAGCAAGGCCACCGUCGCCACCGCAGCGACAAGCGCCCGCCGCAACCUCCCCUCCACAGGCAGCAGCAUCUUCCACAGCACCAUGUGCCUCGGAGCCUCCAUCCCGAGCAUGUCAAAGAUGGUGGAGGGCGGUGACGCCGCGGCGGCUGACGACGGAAGCGCCUUUUCCAGCCGCGUCUCGUUCAUCUUGGGCGAAGACGACGAGGACGAUGUUUUUGAGGUGGGGCCGUGCGACUUGGCCGGCUUGCCCAUGGCACCGCCGCCGCCGCCUGCCCUGAGCGACCACAGCGACAGCCACGCGAGCGCUGUCGCAACCCAGCAGCCUCAGCAGCAGCAGAUGGAAACUGAGAUGCCGGCUGUGGGCUCGACGUCGUGCGCUGCUGCGGAUGGCGAUGCGCUGCUGAUGUCGUGUGGCAGCUUCAAUCUGGACGAUUCUGCGUGUUUGACGCACGUCCCCUCGGACCCACAGCUCAUGGACAACAUCAAGGCCAUGCUCGCCUCCCAGUACAACCUCACAGACUUGUGCCAACCCCUUCCCUCUCAACAACAACAACAACAACAACAACAACAACAGCAGCAGCAGCAGCAGCAGCAGCAGCAGCCACGAUCGCGGGUGUCUGCAAUGAAGCCUGCCGCGUCGCCCGCGCCGUCGGCGUACUCGUACUCGUCGUCGUCCACUGGCUAUGACGAGUUGUUUGCCCCGCGCGAGACGCGACGACAGCGGGAGAAGCGCAUGCAGGAGGUGAACCGACGCAACAAAGAGCUGCGGCAGCAGAUUGCCACUGCAUCUGCAGCCCUCGACGACGCCACCUCCCUCCUCUACACCCUGUGGACAUCGCAGCCAAACCACCAGCACAUCUUCCAGCAGCAAUGACGGCCGUGACGAUGUUGUUGUUGUUGCUGUUGUUUGGAGGUGUUGGUAAUGUGGGAGUGUUUGCGCUGUUUGCGCUGUUGGCGUGGACCUGCUGUCCCACGCGCCAUCUCAUUUCCAUUAUCCAUGUUACAAUUAAUCAUCCCCACCUUUCCUUUCCUUAUGCCUUAUGCCUGUUGUUUUACAUUAAUGAUACCUGUUUAGCAGUAGUGAACCCCAUCACCAUUGUUCUCCUGUGGGGCCCUGCUUCUUCACUGCUGAUUCCUAAAUGCUCGUCGCCGGUGGUGUGUUUGGUUUUGCAUUUCCGUUCUUUCGCUCUGCAUUACUUUGCUUGUUGCUUCAGCGUUGUGUUGGAGGAGACACUGGGCACACGCAGGUGUGUGUGUGCGUUUUGUGUGCGGCCCCAUUGUUACAGCGUCUCCUCCUCCUCUUGCUUGCUUGCUGUUGCCGUGAUGACCCGCGUUUGGCGCGUCAUCUGCUUGCUUCACUCCACUUUGCGCUCGAAACACCAAGCUUGGCUUCGAUUCGUUCGCUUCUGCCAGCACACGUUGCUUGGUUUGCAUGCACGCUAGCGCCCUCCUUCGUGGUCGUGUGUUGAGUGUAUGGAUGUGCACGUUGAGUGGGUGGAUGGCUGUUCGUUCGUUGCCAGCCGUUGGCGACAACCAGGUUCAAUAGACAACGCAACACAACAACACCCA